AUGGAGUGCAUAGUUAAUAAGAUUAAAUGGAGCCCGAGAGAUCCUACUAGCCAUAGGCAGCAGCACUAUCCUUGCUGCAUUCCGUGCUUGCUUUUUGGGAAGCAGUAUCCGAGCCAAUCAACUGACCUGUUGAUCGGUAGUUGUGGACGCUCUUCAAUGCCUGGGAUCUGGCGACCUUUCCAAAUGGGUCCCGAAUGGAUUCUACCGACCCCUUCACAUCAGCCGACAGGGGAUGGAUCUCAAGAACCCGAUGCCGGCAUUGCCGAUCGGAGACUUCCUGCGAUGCACGAUAAUACUAUUUUGAUCCCGGGAUGCUGGCUUGAAACCAGCGGCCAAUACGCAUUUUUGGUGGCAUGUUAUGGAUCCUUAGGUAAAGCAGGACUGAACAAGGACCCGAGCAUCAGGCACCGGUACAUGAUCGCGGCCAGCUGGAGGAUAUUUUCGGGUUUGUUGUUGUGCGGCGGCUCGGAUAUCAUUUCUCUCCCUGUCUAUCAAGGCAGCCACAUCCGCUCUAGUGGUGGUUCGGCACCUAUCACGGCCCUUCCACUAGCGACUAGACUAUCUACCACCACGACCGUAAUGUCUGCGGCACUGUCCUUAAGAACCUUAACUCAAUGGUUCACCUCUGAUGGCGAGCUAAUCGGGGUUGAAAUAACCGACAGAGGUCCUUCCAAACUGUUCGAGCCAAGAAUGGAGCCUUUCCCGUUCAAUAUCACAGAACACGUUGUUGAUUGCCAGCAUAUUCGAGAGUAUGCUCGUGCAACUCGAAGUACAAAUGAUGCACUAAAGCUUGCGGUCAAACAAUACACACCAAAGUCGAAUCCAAAUCCUCAACCCGGUGAUGUGACUAUCAUUGGAGCAACUUCUGUUGGAUCCCCUAAGGUGAGUCGUGACGUAUAUUUACACAGUAUACUGUGCUUCGAUGCAUGA